AUUGUCAGUUGAAAUGUCACUUAUUUUUGGUGAUUCCUGUUUUGUAUGCAUUAAUGAAAUACUUAUAUUUUUUCAGGCUUUGUAUCUUUAUUUGUUACAUUCAUCUUAUUACAUACUACCAGAUAUGUCGCGGAAGGUCGUGUCAUUGAACAAUAUAAGUUUACUGUUAAUGAGUAUUGUAAGCAUUGCACACCAGGAAGACUAAAUUCGCAACAUAUACCAUACGACGAAAUGCUGACGUAUCUUACAGAGUUAUCAGCAAUAAACACAGCAGAAAUAUGCAGAUUUUACAAUGAAAUUUUUGGAAGAGAUGUCGAUUCCUUUAGUCACACUGACAUACCUGUAGACUUUCAUAUACAUCACAAUUUAAGUCAUCAAGCAUCAGACUUUACCAAGACGUACGAAAAGCUCAUUGACAUUGCUCUUUAUUAUCAACUUGGUAGAUUAGAAACUUUUAAAGGUGUAGAAAUUGUUGAAGGUGUAUCACUACCAGAUAUUUCUGCAAGUAUUGUACCAAUUUUGUGUGGAUUACGAAGAGCAACACACGAUACACAGAAAUCACAAUUAAAAAAGGUUUGCAAAAAAUCUAUCACGCUACCAAUUGAGUCUAAACCCGCGAAUAGUGCAAUAUUUGCUAAGUGGUUGUUUUCUAUAUUGCAGUUCAGUAGAACUGAAUACUGUCAUAUUUUUAACGAGAUAUCUGGGGUACAACUUUCAUGCAACAAUCUGUCAAAUGUUGCAGAUUUAUGUUAAAGUGUUUCUCUCGGUGUGAAUACAUAAAUAAAAUGUAUAAACAAUCGAAAUCUGAAAUGCACAAUAGUGUUCCAAGGACUGUUCUAACGUCUUGUUUUGUUGGAUGAAUUAUUUAACAUUUGAUGUUCAGUGAUAUUAACAUAAUGUGAUGCCUGAGAUGUUGUGUUACGACUGAAAUCAUCCAAAAAGGAAUAUUCCCUUUAUAAAAUUUGAAUUGUCUGUAGAAUUCAUUUUCAUAUAACCUAAUGGUGCUUAAUCCUCAUCCUUGAAAAGUAGUGAGUUAAAGAGAAAUCAUUGGUUUUGUCUUCCAAAAUCAGUGUCAUGUAUUAUAUUGUUCAUCGAGAUUUUCA